AUGUCGCCUCCCGCAGCCGUUUCGCACCCCCCGCCUCCGCCGCCGCCACGACCGCCGCCGCCGCCGCCACCUCCUCCGCCGCCGCCUCCUCCCUCAGCGAUUCAGAGCAGAGCCGGGGAGCCGCGCCGCCACCGCCACUCUCUCCUCACAGUGGAUUCACCUCCGCGCCCGGCCACCAAAAUGGCGCUGGGGCCGCGCAUGCGCAUGGCGAUCGCCCAGGCGGGCGGCGCAGCGGCUCUCGUUGUAAGCCCCCAGGAAGCUUCUGAGCCUCGAGCCCGCCUGCCGGCCGCGAGUUUAGGCUUGUGCUCCGCCGCGUGCGUGGGGUGGUCCCGGGCUUCCGUGGCGCGCGCGUGCACCGCCCAUUCACCCUCCCCUCUCCCUCGAACUGGCGGAGGGGGAUCACCUGGCGGGGUCCCUAGGUUGAGAUCAUUCAGGCCUCGCCCCUCUCUUUUAAACCCUUCCGCUGGCUCUUAGGCUAGCUCCUAAGCUCCUUGCCGACUCCUGGCCCUUGCUGGGUACUUCGAGGCAGCGACCCCGCUGAAGGGAAACAGGCGCGCCCCGGAUCAGUGCACCAUUGAAGGCUGGGAAGGUCUGCUCCAACCCACACGUUUUGAAGAUGAAGAAACUGAGGCCCGGAAGUGAAGAGACUCACCCAAAGGAGUAAAUGGCAAAACUGAGUCUUCAACCCUCAUCCUCAGAUGCCAGACCCAACCGAAUUCUAUAAUAGACAGCAAGACUGACGGAGCCCAGGAUCCUAAACCCAAGAACCUAGCAAAUAGCAGUGUACUCCAGUAUACUGUGUACCCCAAGCCCACUGGACCUACAUACUGCCCAACCCCAAUAGCCAUCUCAAGGGGAUGAAUCAUUAUGGAAAAGAGGUCCACCUUUCCUUGUUACCGACAGCGUCUGGCAGAUAGGCUCAGGAAUGGCAACACCCCCACCCCAACCUAGGCCUCACAGUCAUCCUUUAGUGAGGUGGCUCCUGUGAAGAAGGGACCAGUCAUCUCCACCAACUGCCAACCAGCUUCCACACACAGGACAGGCAAGCCAGACUCAAGAAGCAGCAGGACAUGAGCAUCCUGAGGAAGAGAUAGGAGACAAGCAUGUGCUAGGCAAGUCAAAUUUGACUCUGUCCUAUGUCCUCGGACCCCUGAUGGAAAGAAACCCAGGACCCUAAACCAAGAACCUAGGAAAUAGUAACUCUUCCAGCAGUAUCCAAAUGCCAUCAUCCUAACAGGCAUUUCUUUUAGAGGUGCAGCCUGGCAACUGCUUAUGUAGGUGCUAUAGCCACAUCUUUUAAAGAUGGAAAAAAAGGAAGUCCUUGAUACUGCUCAAUGGUUCAAUGUCAGAAAUUGAUAUGAUUUUUAUCACUGGAAAUGAUAUUAAAAGGGGGGCACUGUGAUCUGCUUUACCAUUGUUUUGUAAGGACCGUGGGACUUUUAAAUGGGACUUGCAGCUGAAACCUUCCAUAUGUGUUUUCUCCCCUAUUAGAAUAGAGUUCUCUGAGAG